AUGCUACCUGAGGAUGGUCGGACUUUGGAGGCUAGGAAUGCCAUUUUCCAUGAGUUGAUAGGCCAUGACGGACAUGGAUAUUGUCGCACAUACGGGAGAAUUGUGCCUCGGAGAGCGGUGUAUAAAGAUGGUGCUGGGCCAUCACAGUCAACACCCCAGCCAUCGACUAUUAAUCAGAUCACGCAGCAGGUUCGUGCAGAGCUAAGGGCUGAGUUGAGGGAGGAGCUGCGAGCAGAGUUCUCUACACAUUUACAGCAGAUGAGAGCUGAGAUGAUGGCCCUUGUGUCACAGGGGGCGAGUGUAGAUCCCAACAGACAGGUUCCUGAUGCAUCGAGUGGCCACCGG